AUGGCCUCAACAGUAGGAGCAGCCGCUUUUUCAUAUGUCAAAGCGGCUGCUCACCAUGCUGUUAACGCCGUGGUCAGCAUCCACUUGGAGGGGAGGGCGGACAACGACACAACUGCUACAGACACCAAGGUGAUCCCAGAGGAAGAUUAUCACAAGUCAAGGGUAUUCGAAGUCAACUUUAGCUGCUGGUUCCUUACCGCUCUCGCAGCUCUGUUUCUGGGGUUGCGGAUAUACUGCAAGAAGUAUCGAGGACGUGGGUUGUGGUGGGAUGAUUAUGUUUUGGUUAUAUCGUGGCUCUCCCUAACAACCUCCUCAGCAUUAAUAACCUACAACGCAACCCUCGGCUUCGGCCUGCCCACCUCCCUCUUCAACCCGCACAACCUGCCCUCCGUGAUAAACCACUACCUCCUAAUAACCAACAUGGCCGGCACCUUCUCCAUCCUCGCCGCACUCUGGUCCAAGACCUCGUUUGCCAUAACCGUGCUGCGCAUCGCCCAAGACUCCUGGAUGCGUUUCCUGAUCUGGUUCAUCAUGAUCUCCGUAAAUUUAUCUCUCGGCGUUGCCGUCGCCCUAACAUGGGGCCAAUGUGACCCGAUUCCCAAGAUCUGGCAACCCGGCCUACCGGGGCACUGCAUGGACAAGCAGAUCCAGAUCCACUACAACAUGUUCACCGCAGUCUAUUCGGGAGCCAUGGACAUUGUCCUCGCUAUCCUCCCAUGGAAAAUCAUCUGGAUAUUGACGAUGAACCGCAAAGAAAAAAUGGGUGUGCUGGUAGCCAUGUCCAUGGGAGUUUUCGCCGGUGUUAUUUCCAUCGUAAAAGCAAUGGAAUUGCCAGCAAUCGGUAACUCCAACUUCACUUUUGCCAGCACAAACCUUGUCAUCUUGGGAAUCGCCGAGAGCGCCAUGACGAUAAUGGCCGCUUCCAUUCCCAUCCUGCGCGCCCUGCUGAGGGAACAUCGCGGCGGUCCGCGCCCCCCGCCGCCUGCAGAGUUUUAUAACCUCGAUGGUCUGGAAAACAACGAACAUCAUCAUCACGGCCACAGCCACAGCCACCAGAGCGGCAACGAAAUGUAUGCUGGCACAGAAGGCACGCAAGGACAGGGAGGAGUAGUACCACUGUUACCAGCAGUAACCGUUCAGGAAGGAGCGGCAAGUGGCGAGGACUCUUUGGGAGUUUGA